AUGGCGUCCCCAGUAGCUUCCACUUCGGCAUUGAGCUCAGCAUCAGGCAGCAACAGCAGCAGCAGCACUCCCAAGUAUGCCAUCGUCAGGCACUACCUAGUGCUCUUCUCUGGCGACAAGGACAAGAAGGAGACCAAUCGAGUCUGGCACGAUGGAAGGCUUGCACAUCACACUUAUAAUGGAAAGGUCUUCCUCUACGAUGAAGCAGAUAUAGAGCUAGCAGAUCAAUUCUUCACCAAUGGAUCGCCGAUCAGACCUGGUGGUCCCCCGACCCCUCCUGUCUUUGCUGACGACAGCGAGGUGACGGUGAGAGAUUUCGUAGUCCAGAUCCAGCGUUUUCAAAAGGUCACUAGGACGGACAUCACGCCCCUACUGCAAGCCAAAGAGCUAGCGAGGGCUCGCAAGUCGAUGCAAACACCUCAAUCGCUAAUGGGCUCACCCGCUCGUGGAGCUACCUCGACCGCACCUCGUACUCCUGGUGGGUCCAGCAGCUCUUCUGCUUCCACUUCUUCCGUAGGCCGCUUUCAGCCUGCUUCGGCAGCUACGAGCACCUCGACGCCCACACGCGGGCCUGUCUCCAAUGUCGCUUCACCUGCAUCAGCGGCGCGGAAGGGUCCUCUUUCCCCUCAUCCUUUCAAGACGCCUUUCAAGAGUCCGCUGAAAAGAAAGGAGAUGGCAGACAGGAGCAUCAAUAGCGAAGCAUCGCCUUUGGGUCCCGGUCAGAACAACGGCAGCCAAGAAUCGAGAGGCGAUGCAGAUGCAGCCAAGAAGAAGAGGCUUGGAAGCAAUGGUGCAAUCGGAGGCGGGGUAGCUCGUCGUACAUGA